AGCUAGCUCAUGGAUGGGGAAAGUCGAUCUUGGAAGGGCAGCUGCGUGGAGGUUUGCCCGUCUGGAGUGGAGCUGGUUUAUUGAUCAUUGUUAUGUUAUUAUUAUUCAGCGUGAUGGGAGACAGCAGCAUCCGCCCCGCCGCCACCCCUGCCCCACCUGGAGACGCGGCCUUCCAACUGGUAAAGGAGGGCAGGGUGAAAAAGCUGCUGCCGAAGGCUAGGAAGGGGCUGCCGGGGAGCUGCAGUGUUUUCAAUGUCAUUUGCUUGCACAUAAAAUUUGAAAACCACUAUGACUUUUUUGUUCCCUGUGAGAAAUCUCUACUGACCAUCGUUAUGUGGAAGAGGAUCAUGAACAACAUACAGUGCGUGGGUUUUAUAAGCAACGAGGAGCCCUCUGUCAUGGCAAACCUCCUUGAGACCACGGAACUCUUUAACUGGACCAUACCUGUAAUGUUCUUCCAUGUACCUGAGAACCUGUCCAGCCGCAUUGCACUGGUUCUCAGGAGGAGGGCCGGGAACAAAGUGCACACCCACACCGACACCUACACCCUCUACACCAUGGAAAAGACAAGGCAGAAGAAUAUUCCUCUUAGGUGCCCAAAAGGAUACAAGAUUUGUCAGCUGGAUGAAGAAACCAUGAGGAAGAUACACUGCAAUAACUCCACCAGUGACAUGGACAACCACCGAGACGUAGCCGAGAACAUCCCAUGCAUCGGCCUCUUUAUGGAUUCAAAGAGGGAUGCGGAGUACGAGGUGGACGCCAAAGACCUCCCCCAGGCCAGGGACAACGAGGAGCCCCUGGCCUUCGUCGCAGUCUGCCGUGAUGGAGCCGUGGGGUUACCGUGCUGUAAGGACAAACACUGGGUGGAUGGACUUAUGGCUCUCCUGGUGCAGACAUGUGGGAGGAUGAUGGUCAGUGAAAAGCUUGUCCCACAUAUGUAUGUUGAGAUGCGCUUCAGUAACACCAGGAGCCUCAUGGACACGCUGCCAGGGUGGAAGACUCAGCACAAAGCUACUAGGGUGUGGAGCUGCUUUGGCUUACACUGCCCUCCGAGGUUGUGUUAGUGUGCAUCUGUCUCCAUCCCUCCAUCCCCCUUCUCUGCUCUCUUGCAUUUCUUUCAAAGCCUCAGAAUCAUUGCUUUUUACUUAGUGGGUUUGUUUGUAGCUCUCCCCAACCCUUUUUUUACUUUUAAGACACUGGAUACUGCUUUGCCUUUCUUUCAGACCCUCAGAAUCAUUGCUCUGUGGUUAAGUUGUGUUAGUGUGAGGCUGUCUCCAUCCCCCUCUCUUUCCACCUUGAAGACACUGGGUUAUCCCUUUGCCUUUCUUUCAAACUCACAGAAUCAUUGCUUUUUUCUUAACUGGUGUUUGUGUUCAUCUCUCCCCAUCCCUCCUUUCACUUCUAAAACACCAUAUUAUUGAUGUAUAUUUCUUUCAAAUCCUCUGAAUCAUUGCUGUUUGCUGAAGUUUUGUUAGUGUUCAGCUGUCCAUCCCUCUUUAUUUCCACCCUAAAGCCACUGGGUUAUUGCUUUAUUUCAAACCCUCAGAAUCAUUUUAAGGCCUCAAUAACUGAUCUGCUUAAGUUAUCUCGUCUGGCUCUGGUUGAUGAAAAUGGAAAUAUACUUUGGUUUGCACUGAGUAGCAUGGGUUUAUUUUUAGCAUUGUGUAAGAUGUGGGGUUGCUAUUUUCUGUUUAUAUGGAAUGUCUGAAUAUCUAUGGGUGUGUUUUUUGUAUAAUUUAUAUAUAGUUUAUGGGAAUUAUUAUUUCUGUUCCACCUUGCAUGAACUAACAGCUUAUUUUCAUAGUAGAAGGUGGUUAUAUUUUCUCUUGGUUUUUGUAUUUUUCAGAAUGCAAUAUUUCAUCUUUCUGGAGUUAAUUUCAUGUACUUGGAUGUUGCUUAUUUAGCUUAUCAGCCUGUCAAUGUUUUUUUUCACUUGGAUGCACUCAUUUCAAAGCCAGAUUACAUGUUCUUUGGGUUUAUCUUUUCACUUAUUUUUCACUAUCAAGGAAAUAGGUAAAGAUCAAAUUGGCACUUCACAUUUAUUACAUGUAAAAACUUUUGCUUCAAUUAAACUUUAGCACUGUCCUGACCUAUGCAUGGUUUAUUUGUUCUAACUCUGCACCACUGACAGACUGGGGUAACCCUGAUGUCACACUGGCUUUUUGUACCGGGGUAUUGGGUUCUGGGUAAUGGGUUCUGGGUAUUGGGUUCUGGGUAAUGGGUUCUGGGUAUUGGGUUCUGGGUAUUGAGUUUUGGGUUCUGGGUAUUGGGUUCUGGGUAUUGGGUUCUGGGUAAUGGGUUCUGGGUAUUGGGUUCUGAGUAUUGGGUUCUGGGUAUUGGGUUCUGGGUAAUGGGUUCUGGGUAAUGGGUUCUGGGUAAUGGGUUCUGGUUAUUGGGUUCUGGGUAUUGGGUUCUAGGUAAUGGGUAUUGGGUUCUGAGUAAUGGGUUAUGGGUUCUGGGUAAUGGAUUCUGGGUAUUGGGUUCUGGGUAAUGGGUUCUGGGUAAUGGAUUCUGGGUAUUAGGUUCUGGGUAAUGAGUUCUGGGCAUUGGGUUCUGGGUAAUGGGUUCUGGGUAAUGGAUUCUGGGUAUUGGGUUCUGGGUAAUGGAUUCUGGGUAUUAGGUUCUGGGUAAUGAGUUCUGGGCAUUGGGUUCUGGGUAAUGGGUUCUGGGUAAUGGAUCCUGGGUAUUGGGUUCUGGGUAUUGGGUUCUGGGUAAUGGGUUCUGGGUAUUCGGUAAUGGGUUCUGGGUAUUGAGUUCCACCAAAGGCUCAAGGGCCAAUGAGACAGAGAUGAGCACCGAGGCAAUGUGCACCUUAGAGUAUGCCCCAAAUUUACCUGUACUAGAAGAAUUAUGUGUUAAGUACAAAUAUAACUUCUCUAGAUUGAAGGCUCAGUUGAAAGGUCAGUUGAAGAUCCUUUCCAUCAGUCCAUCAUAUUUCAGAGACCAACCCAAUGCAAGUCUUCUAUAACAAAACACCAGAUCUAUUCAUGUCAUCCUCACCAUCACUACACACCAGGUAACUCAUCAUUAUCAACCUCAACAGUGACUUCAUGAGCCACAAGUUAGGUAAGGAGUAAAAAAUAAAGAAACGUAGAAGAGAGGGAAAAAAUGUCAGCGUGAAAGAUCAUGAAUAAAAGGAGGGAAAAAAUGUCAGACUGAAAGAUCAAAUAAAAGGAGAGGGAAAAAAUGUCAGAGUGAAAGAUCAUGAAUAAAAGGAGGGAAAAAAUGUCAGAGUGAAAGA